UUUCUUGAUUCUCUCAGUAUUUUUCUCCUUUUUAAAACAUUUCAUGUGGCAACUGGAAAGAGUCCAUAAAAUAGCCAAAAUAUCAUUGGGAUCACAGGAUAGAAGCCUAUGAUCUUUCCACGGUUCUGAUUUUGUCACUUGAAAAAGCACCACGGUUCUGACUUUGUCACUUGAAAAAGAAGUCCAAAUCCGUACAUAAUUGAUCAAAAGCUCUUUUUUGGUUUUCAAUACCCAUAUUUCAGCCAUGGCAAAGGUCGUUUUUUGGUCCAUUCUGUUGCUUCUUCCGGCCAUAGUAUUAGGCGAAUGUACUUGUGAUUCUGAAGACGAAGAGAGAAACAAACCCGAGGCACUCAAGUACAAAAUGGUAGCGCUUGCUGCCAUUUUGGUUUCGAGUACAAUUGGGGUGUGUAUUCCAGUACUUGGAAAAGCAAUUCCCGCCCUAAGCCCAGAUAAGAAUUUUUUCUUCAUAAUUAAAGCUUUUGCGGCAGGUGUGAUCCUAGCCACAGGUUUUAUACACGUACUUCCUGAUGCAUUUGAAAGUUUAACAUCGCCGUGUUUGAAAGAACACCCGUGGGGAGAUUUUCCUUUUAGUGGAUUUGUGGCAAUGAUUGCUGCAAUGGGGACUCUGAUGGUGGAUACUUAUGCAACUUCUUAUUACAAUAAGAAAGGUAUGAAAAGUGGAGUGGUGACUCAGUCUCGAGAUGAAGAAGGAGCUAUUAAUGUUCAUUCGCAUGCCGCACAUGGACAUGCACAUGGUUCAUUAUUAGUGACGGGUGUUUCUGAGUCCGAGCUCCUUCGUUAUCGUGUUAUCUCUCAGGUUUUGGAACUAGGGAUAAUUGUACACUCUGUGAUUAUUGGAAUAGCUUUGGGUGCUUCUGAAAGUCCCAAAACUAUAAGGCCUCUUGUAGGUGCUUUGACUUUUCAUCAAUUUUUCGAAGGCAUGGGACUUGGUGGAUCUAUUGCUCAGGCAAAAUUGAAGUCUCGUGUAGUUGCAAUAAUGGCUCUAUUUUUCUCGCUCACAACUCCAAUCGGAAUAGUAAUUGGAAUAGGAAUAACAAAUGUUUACGAUGAAAACAGUCCAACGGCUCUUAUUGUGGAAGGAAUAUUUAAUUCAGCUUCAGCUGGCAUCUUGAUUUAUAUGGCAUUGGUUGAUUUUUUAGCUGCUGAUUUUAUGCAUCCAAGAAUGCAAGGCAAUGGAAAGCUUCAAUUAGGGGCCAAUGUUUCACUUCUUCUUGGUGCUGGACUCAUGGCUCUCAUAGCCAAAUGGGCCUAGUUGAUCAACAUAUAUUAGUGGAGUAUUAAUUUCACUUUUUUUUUUACUUUUUUUUUGUAUCUUUUUUUAUAGUUGUUUAUCUAAUAUAUGACUGUAAAUCUUCUUAAACUACACUGCCCCAUACUUUCUGGCAUCGUAAUGAUUUUUGUUUACACGGAAUAUGAUACUAUCUUGUGUGUUUAGUGUGCUUUGGAACAUGUCGAUUGAGGCCAAUCUUUGGAUUAUUUAUAAAUGAAAUCAGUUUCUACAAAA